GGGUUAGACGCUAGUUGGUUUUAAUAGCAAAUUUGACACGUUACCCUCUAGUCGACUCUCGGCAGCUGGGAUAGUGGAAUUCGCAUCAAACGCUGUCGUUUUUGCAAACAAACCCAGCUCCUCUCAGAAAAUUGUUGUUUCUAUCGAUUUAGGUUUUUCUUCAACCCUACCGCGCUGUUUGUUUACAUCGCUGAGUUCUUUCAAUUUAUUCUCUCCCGGUUUAAGUUUAGAUGGCGGGAAGAAACCGAGUUCCUCAUGAAGCUUUUGGCCAUCGGCGUGCCUAUCCACUGGGGGAUAAUAUUCCUCGAGGCCCUUUGACCCGGCCUAUACCUCCUCAUCCUGCUCUGUUAGAGGAAGAACUUGAAAUUCGACAUGUUGAGCUUCGAAGGCUUCUAGGUGAAAACCGAAGACUGGUUGAGGAUCGAAUUGCUUUGGAACGAGAAUUAAAUUCUGCGAGGGAAGAGUUUCGUCGCAUGAAUCUAGGCAUUACUGAUAUGCGUGCUGAACAAGAUCACCAAUCUAGGGAGCUAAUCGAAAGGGUUCUGAAGUUGGAUGCUGACCUUCGGGCUACUGAGCCUCUGAAAAUUGAGGCUGCAAAACUUCGCGAUGAGGUUCAGAGAUUGAAUGCCAUUAGGCAGGAUCUAACGGUGCAGGUUCAGGCUCUCUCUCAAGAACUUGCAAAGUUUCGGGCUGAUAACCAGAAAAUUCCUGUUUUAAAGACUGAGAUUGACGGUCUGCAUCAGGAACUUGUGCGAGCUAGAACUGCCGUCGACUUUGAAAAGAAUGCAAACAUUGAGCUGAUGGAACAGAGGCAAGCGAUGGAGAAGAACUUGGUCAGCAUGGCUCGUGAAGUUGAGAAGCUGCGUUCCGAGCUUGCAAAUUCUGGUGCUAGAGCAUGGAAUGCAGGUGGGGCCUAUGGAAUGAAGUACAACAACCCUGAAGCCAAUUUUCCUGCCCCUUAUGAUGAAGGAUAUGGGGUUCGCCAGGGUCCUUCAUAUGGUUCCAGUUCUGCUUCCUGGGGAGGCCUUGAGAAACCAAGGAUGACUCGCCGUUGAUAUGUGGAGGAUUAAUGCGUAAGAGCGUCUCUUGCAAGUAUUGUUGCUGCCCAAUAGAGAAAAGGGCAAAAAACUGUGACUUUGUGCGUAUUAUACCCUGUUGCUUAAUGCUUAUAUUACUUGUCCUCUUUAAAUAUCUGUAUAGGAGAUUAGGGCUUCUAUCUUAACUUCUUCCUUUGACUAAAAUCAUGACUCCUUAGCAUGUUUGGAGCUAUCUUGACUAUCUUCAUUCUUUUAUAUUUGUACUGUUACUCUCGCACCGUGGUUUCAAAGCAUCCGUGAAGUUGGUUGUUAAGUUUUGGACAAAUGCAGCGCUGUUUAAGCGCUAGAGCUUGAGUUGCUGUGAUUGAAGGGUUCCAUGGGUUUGGAGGAAUCCAUAUUCUCAUUAUGGUGAAUUUGGGCAUAAUUGUCAAAAAUUUGAAAUUAGUUUUUGAAUUGAUUUUUCAGAAGUUUUUGAUGAUGGCUUUGUUCUCCAGGUUUAAAUCAUUUUGAUUAUGUGAAGUCUUAUUUCUACGAAUAGCGUAUUCAGAUUAGAGUAGAUAGACCUCUCCUUGACAGGGAAUAGUUAUUAAAUUAUAACGGACAUUGUGGUGCUUCUUAGGAAUUAUCUGAGCAAGUGUCAUUUAGAACUUAGGUUGUAAUUUAUGCUUCAAAUGGAUCCGAUUGAGAUCAAGUUUCUAUUUGAGUGUUCAGGUUUGUAUUGUUGUUUCUCGCAACUUAUCUUCUUUUGCUUGGAUAAGGUUUGCGUGUGAACACAACAAUCUUUUGAACAUUUGUGGAGGCAUCUCUUAGCUGGUGUAUCUUUUCCUAUGCCUAGAAACAUACUGAUGAACUAAGUUACUCUUUACACCCUCUGAGUGAAAUUUCAAUGAGUGAGAUGCAGUUGAAGACUGGAAGACUUCGGUGUGGUUCUCUGCGAUCCUAGUUGAGUUUUGACUCUUAGAUUGUAUAAUCUUUUCCCCUGAGCUUCUUGUUGGUUGUGGACGAUUUUAUAAGGACGUGGAAACACUGCAAUGAAAUUUGGAAGGUUUAUAUUUAGGUGGUUGUUGCUGUGUGCUGUUGAUUUUACUACGAACCGGAAACUCUGAUGGUGUAUGUUUUUGGUCAGUAGAAGUAUGGUGUUUGCAACUUCUACUGAUUCUCUUAGUACGUAGAUUAAUCUUAUUUUUAGGGAUGAUUAGAAAAUGCGUCAUUGGAAUUUGAGAAGUGGGAAACUUAAGGUUUCCCAAGCUAUCUUUAUGUGAUUUCUUGGUGGAAUUAGAGUAAAAAAACUCGAUAUAUAUUCUUCUAAGGCUCACUUUGGAUCUGCAUUUUGUCACUAUAUAGACUAUUUUGUUAGGAUUAGUAAUCAAAAGCUUGUCGUGCUUUCCAGCCUAAUUAACAUGAAGUAGAUUAUAGCAUCCGUUGAGAUGAGAAAAUCUCUCAAGGGUUCCUUUAUGCUUCCCUGGUGAUAUAUUUAUCUAGUAGUAGUUAUCUCACGUCCUCAGCGAGCAAGGUCCUCUAUGCAUCAGAAUGAUCCAGGAAGGUUGGAAAAACUGAUGGUGGUGAGCAGCUGAAUGAUGGAAGCUGAGUUGACUUUAUAGGCAAGUACUGUCCUCCAGCUUAUUGGGUACUGCCUCUCCUGAUUAGUUUGCAAUUUAUAUGUAUUUUUUGUGUUCAGGUGCUUUAAGAUGCGAGUACACCCUCCCUCCCCCCCCCCCCCCCAAAAAAAAAAAAAAAUCAUGCUAAUCUUUAUUGCUCUUGUUCUGGAACUGCCUUGACCCAUGCCAAGUUGUUUCUUUAAGUCUAGUUUCGCUUCUUGCUUAAAAUUGUUCAUUAUGCUGAAUAUAAUCUGACAGAGCGAAUCAGAUAUUUGGUGUUAGCCAUGCUAUGCAAAGUUUGUGGUUAGUUUACCUCCAUUUUUUAUUAUCAAAAUUGGCGACAAGGUUGAGGUGAUGCGGGCCAGCAGUCUUGAAAUGGAAGGAGGUUACCCAUGAUUAUAAUACAUAGAAAGUGCUUUCUUAUGCAUAAGAAUGUUUCACUUUGGCUCUGGAUAUAGUGAGAAUGAGAAGAUGAGACAUGUGAGGAGGGAAGAUAUUGUUGUUUGAGCUUUUCACCUUAGGCAUCUUGAUAAGCAGAAAAACACCCUUACCUGCAUCCGAGGCAGGUAAGUGUUGUUGUUAGGUAGUAACGCUGAGGUGUACAGAAUGGAGUAGCAGUUUUUGGAAUAUAACCAUUUUACAUUUUAAUUCGAAUUACCUAGAGUUCUUCCAGCAUCUUAUUGGGGCUCUCCAGGAACCUAAUGCACUUUAUUGCCUGUGAUAGUAUCUGUAUUUUUAUGGCAUUAGUUGGGCAGGGAAUCAGCCAUUGGUUUGUGGAAUAUGAACUGGAUAACUGAAUCCCAUGCGAUAUCAGCCAUUCAACUGGUUGACCAGCUUUAUAAUAAAAAGGUGGUUAUAUUCUACUGUACCAACACUGAAAUAUCCAGAGGCUAGUUAUAUAUGAGCUUGCAACAUGCUCAACCAAAUGAAUUGGUUGGAGGGUCAAUUGUUUCACUAGUGAGUAUUACCUGCAAGGAUCUUCUAUUUGGAAACAAGUUUGACUGUUAUGGAAAUGGGUUGAACAUUGUCUCUGAGCGUGUUCUCGAUCUAGAGCUGAAAGAUUGACUAGUUUAGGUUUCAUCCAUUUCAUCAUUAUCAUUUUUGGAUAAGUUGAACAGUACAGUUAGCUCUCUGAGUUGAUCUAAUAUUUGGCUGAAAAUACUCUUUUCUGGAAGCUGCUGCGGUUAUGUUUUGUCAUAUUCUGUGAUGACAAAGGGAGUGGUUGAGAAGUCCUGACGUUAAAUAGCUUAUGGUCAUCAAUAGUUUGCACUGAUGCUUUCACUGAGAUAAAGGUGCGACAUAGGCGAUUGAGAGCUGAAGAUGAAUUUCACAAUAUUCUCCGUGACAGUUGUACGAGAAUGAGUAAGCUGUGAUGCAGGUUUUAAUGAGAAAGAUGCUGGGUAUUCUAAGAUUUUGAUGGAGCCAGGUAGAAGUUUGUUAAGUCGUGCUCCUUUAUACUGGAGAGAGAGAGAGAGAGAGAGAGAAGUUUUCUGGUCUUACGCAGUUGGAUUCUGUAUACUAUCUGAUAAGAGACUCUUAGUGAUGCUAUAUUGUGUGAGAACCUUCUGUAAAUAUCUCAGUUGGCACAUCUUCAUGUAAUGUUUCUAUUUUCUGUAGAUCCUUCACCUUGCCCCAUAAAAAUUAGAAAUAAUUCUUUAUGCUUCCUCAUAAAUUAUCUUUUUCUCUAGUGUAGUAUCUGUUUUUCUUGUUCCUAAGAAUUGUUUUAAUGUCUUUCGUGGUUCUUGCAGAUGAGGAGUCAUUACUGCUUAUACAAAAACUCUCCAGCAUCUGUGGUAAGUGUAUCAGGUACAGUAGUUCUCUCUCUUGGCUGUUCUUAAAUUUAGGUCUGCAAAUGUUCUAAGAUUCAGAAAUCAGUUUUGAGUUUGGUACUCAAGUAAAAAAAGCUUCACAUCAUUUCUUUUCAAAAGAGCUUUACGUGCAACUAUUUGGUUUUCUCGAUUAUUUCUUGGGGGGCUGGAUCAUUUUUCAUAGUUUGAGCUUGCUGGAGAAAAUGCUUUGGGAGAAGGAUUUCAUACAAGUAAACUGCAUAAUAAUCAUUAUAAUACUUACAACAGUUUAUACAUAUUAUUGAUCUCAUGAUUACAGUAGUCAAUUGAAUUAUAGCCUUUUUUCUAGUAGACACUUGGAAGUGCACUCAAAUCAAAGUCUAUUUCUCCAGUUGUGAAAGUUUUUCAUCUGUUGUCUUUCGUUGUGAUAUCCUUUAUUACUAAUUAAGGUUAUGUGCAUGUGUUUUCUGAGCCGCUUCUACCUUUCUAAUCUAUUCAAUAUUGAGAAAUCUAUCCAAAUUUACAUUUUGAUAUUCCUCUCAAAUAUUUGGGAGACUUCAUGGAUCAGUAUAUUGCUAGAACAGUUGCAGUUAGCAUGGAUUGGUACAAUAGCUAAAUGAUGAUAUCUUGCUCUUAUUUUCUUUUCUUUUUUUGUUGCUGAGACAUGAUUGAUUAUUUUGAUACUUUCUGACUGCGAUCAUAGAGAACUCGAUUAGCGAUGCUCUUGUGUUUCUAGGAAGAUGCUUUUUGGGCAAUACAUGAAACCAUUAGAUUUGCCUAUGUAAGAAUAAAAUUAGCUGUAUGUAUGUUGGGAUGACUUAUGUGUUUUGAUUAUGAUUUAUAAUGUUCUUGAGCUCUUAAGUUGUUUAA